AGCCUGGACGGAACUUCCUGUCGCAGAGAAGAACAUCCGGCAGCAUUUCCUGUUACGAGUAACCCUCCGGCACGGAGAAAUGGAGGCUGAAAGGCUGCGGCUCCUCGAGGAAGAGGCCAAGCAGAAAAAGGUAGCCAGAAUGGGAUUUAAUGCAUCUUCCUUGCUCCGUAAAAGCCAGCUAGGUUUCCUUAACGUCACCAGUUAUUCCCGUUUAGCCAACGAGCUGCGUGUGAGCUGCAUGCAGAGGAAAAAGGUUCAGAUUCGGAGCUUGGAUCUCUCCUCUUUGGCAAGCGACCGAUUUAACUUCAUGCUGGCGAAUACCAACAGCGACCAGCUCUUCGUAGUGAACCAGGUGGAAGUCGAAGGCUCCAAGUAUGGCAUCAUCAGCUUGCGAACGCUGAAGAUCCCUUCGUUCCACGUGUACGUGCUCAGAAACCUCUUCGUCCCCAACCGGAAGGUGAAGUCCCUGUGCUGGGCCUCGCUGAACCAGUUGGACUCUCACGUUCUGCUGUGCUUUGAGGGAAUCAGAGAAGCUCCAAGCUGUGCCGUGCUGCUCCCAGCGUCGCGCUUCUUAAAUGUCUAUUCCAGUAGAGUAAACCAGCCUGGGAUGCUCUGCAGUUUCCAGAUCCCUGCGGCCUGGUCCUGUGCUUGGUCCCUGAACUUCCAGGCAUAUCACUACUUCAGUGCCGGCGUGUCUCAGCAGGUCCUGUUGACCAACGUGGCGACGGGACACCAGCAGUCAUUUGGUGCCAGCAGUGAUGUCUUGGCCCAGAAGUUUGCCAUUACGGCCCCUUUGCUGUUCAAUGGCUGUCGCUCCGGGGAGAUCUUUGCCAUUGAUCUGCGUUGUAGAAAUCAAGGCAAGGGGUGGAAGGCCACUCGCCUGUUCCAUGACUCAGCAGUGACCUCUAUGCAAAUCCUCCAAGAAGAGCAAUGCCUGAUGGCGUCGGACAUGACUGGAAAGAUCAAGCUGUGGGACCUGAGGGCCACUAAAUGUAUAAGGGAAUAUGAAGGUCAUGUGAAUGAGUCCGCCUAUCUGCCCCUGCAUGUGCAUGAGGAAGAGGGAAUCGUGGUGGCAGUAGGUCAGGACUGCUACACAAGAAUCUGGAGCCUUCAUGAUGCCCACCUGCUCAGAACCAUCCCCUCCCCAUACCCCGCCUCCGAGGACGACAUUCCCAGCGUGGCCUUCGCAUCUCGGCUUGGGGGCAUCCGGGGAGCAGCACCAGGGCUGCUCAUGGCUGUCCGGCAGGACCUUUAUUGUUUCCCCUUCAGCUAAUUUUGCAGGUGGCAGCGUGGCCGAAUGUGAAUUUGACCUAAGGAAGUUGAUUAUCUUAUUACCAUUUUUGUGAGAGCAUUUUAAGAGACGUGGUGUGUGUAGAUCCCAUCCAUCCAGCUGCCAGGGGUAAGGUUUUAAGAGUUUUAUAUGGUGACAUUUCUAUAAAGUUAUUUCAGUUAAGCUCUGGAUUUAGCUUGAAAGUCCU